AUGGCUCGCCUGUCAGGUCUACAGAAGGAGGUCACUCGGAAACACUUUGAGGCCUUUGCGCGGUCCGAGUUCAACAAGAACGUGGCCAUUGAGAAGCGUGAUUUCGCUGCCAUCGAGUUUCUGCUGAGGAAGGGGCGGAGGCAGCUCGAGAGCUACUCUAGCCCUGGCAUCAAGGACAUCAAAUGA